CGCUUUUCGAUUGUACUGUAGUAUUCAGGAUUGAAUUACUGCGGAAAGAACGUCGGAGCGGAGCCGGUGCGAAAGAAUCCCGUAUUUACUCCGCGAGCUGUUUAUGCAUCUCUUUUCCGAACUAUCCGCGCUUACAGAUGAUAAAUUUAGACUAUAAUGACGCUGAAAUUGCGGCUCCGCUAGCCUUGUGAGCAUGCCGAAGUAGGUCUGAGUUGAAUCGCUACCGCUACGGGGAUCGGCACCGCUCGAGUUCGAACUGCAUGACCUCCUAACAAGGCAAACCGAGGUCGUGGCGUUGCUACUCGUCUCUGUUCGGAAUGCGUUGGCUGUUUUGCUUUGUUGCUGUGGUUUAUCCACGUGUUAUGAAUUACAUGGCACACGACGGACCGGAGGGGAAUGUUGAAUACUUCCUACUCCUAUAUGUAUGGAGCAAAGCAUCUGAAGCCUGCUAAGAGUCCCCGUACUCAAUCCGAAUUUCGACCAUAUCUUUCCGCUCUUUUUCCUGCCCUCUACCACCAUAAUCGUUUCUAUCGUAAACGGUCCUCAAGAGAUGAUCCGGAAAUCCGUCAAGAAGAGUCUGAACGCCGUUAUCUCUGGUACAUUCAGACGACGAGAGAACGUCAAUUCUGACGAAGUGACGCUGUCUGGAAGCUCUUCCGAAUGUAGUACUCUGGUUGACUUCAUCAUCGAUGAGCCCG